AUGGGAAACGUGUUCGGGAAUCUUUUCAAAGGCCUCUUCGGCAAGAAGGAGAUGAGAAUCUUGAUGGUUGGGCUUGAUGCGGCUGGUAAAACGACGAUCCUCUACAAGCUGAAGCUCGGCGAGAUUGUGACCACAAUUCCCACGAUUGGUUUCAAUGUGGAGACAGUUGAGUACAAGAAUAUUUCGUUCACGGUUUGGGAUGUCGGAGGUCAAGACAAAAUUCGUCCAUUGUGGAGGCAUUAUUUCCAGAAUACCCAAGGUCUCAUCUUUGUUGUUGACUCAAAUGAUCGAGAGCGAGUGGGAGAGGCUCGAGAAGAAUUGAUGCGAAUGUUGGCUGAAGAUGAGCUUCGUGACGCUGUUCUUCUUGUAUUUGCAAACAAACAAGACUUGCCUAACGCUAUGAAUGCUUCUGAGGUUACCGACAAACUUGGAUUGCACACUCUUCGCAACCGCUCCUGGUACAUCCAGGCCACGUGCGCAACUUCCGGAGAUGGUCUUUACGAGGGACUCGAUUGGCUUUCAAAUCAAUUGAAGAAUCGCAGC